AUGCCUACCUUCCACCCACUGCGGGAUGGCCGCGAGGCUCGCUAUUGCUACUGCUCUGGUGCUUCACGGCCUGAAGGCUGGUUUCCCUUCCGUUCGCUCUUGAAGGUCGACCUCAGCAGCGGCGAGGUGAAUAACUGGGAUGCCGGAGACGGGUGCAUCGUCUCGGAGCCCACCUUUCUGCCGAACUCCCCUGGGGGCCUUGACUGGCUUGGCGAGGAGAAGGAAGACGACGGCUGGUUGGUGAGCAUCGUGCAUGACGGCGACGCUGGAGAGUGCCGGCUGGUCCUCCUGGACGCGCGCCGCGUGGACGAAGGUCCUGUGGCCCAGCUCCGUGUCGGGGAUCUGAGCCCUUGGGGUGUGCACUCUUGCUGGGCUCCGGGAGCGUAG